UAGCACGUGAAUAAGACUUCAACGAAUUGCUUCAAAAGCGUCCUGUACGAUAAUUUACACUUGAAAAUAACAUCGAAAAAAGCUAAUAGCCAUUUAAUACAAUAUCCACAGUGAAUAACUGAGGAAGAUUUAUCUUUUGUACUCAUCAUUCUUGAUAAUGCGCGCUAAGCGCCGCCCAUUUUCAGAUCCCCCUGUUUCAUGCUAGUUAUAUUAGAUUAGUAAACAAAUUUGCUUGCUGGGCAUAAUUGAGAAUGACCGGGACCUACUGUGCGUCAUUGCUAGUGCGCGUCCCCGCCUUCAUCUACGUAUUUGUCGCCCUGCCUGCUUAAUAACGGACGGGUACUUCCUAGCUCCUAGUCAAAUAGCCACUCUAUUUUACCACUGUCUCCUGUGGGUUGAAGACUCGUGGAUUGUAUAGCUAUGCGGCGCAUAAUAUAAUCUGCCAUUGUUCAGUGCAGCCUUGCACGCUCUUGUGUUUACAGCAUCUCACGAGUAGCGCGUGGGGUAUUGAUUCAGUGUUAGAGAGCUCGUUUCGCUUUCACCAUGGCAAGCGACGCGCUCCACAAAUUCGUUUGCCUCUGUCGAUAUCUACAGGAUCCCUGCCAUGUCGCCAGAUUCCAGCAGCUCUGCGGCGUCCGCGGGACGUUUAGUAAAAAACCAACCGAGGUUGGCGAGAGCGACGAGAAGCUUGGGGUCAACGGUGCUUGCGUGGGGCAAUGUCAGGCUAGUGGGGAUUCAGCACACGGACUUCCGGGCCAAAGACUGAGAAAAAGUUUAAAUGCUGCUGGAAAUGCUGAAGAGGACGAAUGUUCUGAUGCUUUUCUCAACGGACCCUCGGGGGGAGACGCGGAGCGGGACUCUAAAGGGACAGUGAAGCCGUUACGCAGGAACUCAUUGACUGGUGAUGUUGGCCAGGAGUUCAUCAUCGAGAACAAGUUUCUCUUUUAUCUCUUCACCAUCGGUACCGAGCUGGGCAAUGAGAUGUUCUUCAUCGUGUUCUUCCCCUUCUUGAUGUGGAACGUCGAUCCUUAUGUGAGCCGGCAGCUGAUCGUGGUGUGGGCCUGGGUGCUGUUCCUCGGACAGUCCACGAAAGAUCUGGUCCGGUGGACCCGUCCUGCCUCUCCUCCCGUGGUCAAAGUGGAGGUGUUCUACAACACGGAGUACAGCAUGCCCUCCACUCACGCCAUGUCCGGCACUGCCUUGCCCUUCAGUCUGUUUCUGCUCACUUGCAGCCGGUGGCAGUACCCGUUCAUGUUUGGAUUGAGCAUCGCUGUCUUCUGGAGUGUCCUUGUGUGUGUCAGCAGGAUUUAUAUGGGCAUGCACUCUGUCCUGGAGGUGAUCACAGGCUUCCUCUACAGUGUGCUCAUCUUGGCGGUUCUUCAACCCAUGCUGCAUGACAUCGACACCUUCUACCUGACCCACAGCUACGCCCCUCUGGUCGUCCUUCUUGUGCAUGUUGGUUUCAGCUUGGUGGCCUUCUCGCUGGACUCGUGGAGCACCUCCCGUGGCGACACUGCCCAAGCAUUGGCCACAGCUGCCGGAGCCGCAUUGGCAUGCCGUCUGAACCACCAACUAGGUUUGCAGCCAGAUCCCGACCGGAAAACUCUCCCGCUCACCCUGCCCCUGAUCGACGGGGCCUUAUUGACCCGCUCCAUUAUGCGGCUUCUGGUAGGAGUGGCCGUGCUUCUAGCCGUCAGGGCUGCUAUGAAGGUGGUGGCGAUCCCGCUGGCCUGCAAGAUCUUCGGCGUGCCUUCGGAUGACGUGCGGAAGGCUAGACAACACGCGCAAGUGGAACUCGCAUAUCGGUUUAUGGUCUACGGCACAGUGGCCUACUGCUGUGCUUUCCUGGUGCCACUUUUUUUUGGCUUCCUUGGCUUAUCAUGAAGAAAAUCUCCUUGUCCAUCCGUGUUUUUAUCCCAGCUUAACCUGGACUAGUAAAGGUCCACAGUUGUAAUCAAAACUUGGAGAAGCCUUUUGGUUGCAACUACAUAUGUUCAUGAUUUUAAUAAUUUCACCAGCUCUGUGUCCAUGCUAAUUUAUUUCACUUGUUUUGUUUACAGAUUUUAUCAAACUGAUACAUUUGAACAGGGUUUUGGCACACUGCCUGCCAACGGUGGGUAAUCAGACUGCUUGAAAGUGAGUGUGUGAGACAUUAUGAUCUUGUUCAAAGCUCCUGACUCUGGAACAGCGACGUUUAUAGCCAAUCUCAAAAAGAUUAUAAAUGUUUCCUGCAUUUGUCUGAAGUGGUUUUCCCUCAGCAGAUUGACAUCCACCCAUCCUGGGCCCUUUCUCUCGUUCGACAAUACUCUGGAUACAGGCUCAGUCUGUGGCCCUUCCCAUCUCUUAUCAUCCUUUUGAAGCAAGCAAACCUGAGUGACCACCCUUGACAGACAUUUGCAUCCUUGUCAUUGUUUUCCCUCAAGGGCUCAUUCUCAUAACAUUUUGUAAUUCUCUGUUCUUCCUAGGGCUUGUUUCUUUACCUCUGGGUCUAUUUCAGAUGCUUUAUUCAGUGGUUCAACAAAGACACUCCAAAAUCUGAGAGGUGUAGAAAGUUGUUUUUAUCUAAAAACUGCUUGAGCUCACUCCUCACAAUAAGCGGUAAUGCAUUGAGAGAAUGAGGGGAGGGAACAUCCUGUAAGUAUGAAUGCUGUAUACAUGAACUUCCUGUGGAUGUGUUGCUCUGAAACCCAAGCUAGGAAGAGACUGCUCUGGAUACGAAUGCAGCAUAUCUUUAACAUUGUCUUUGUCAUUGUAUUAUUUAUACACAUGUCAGAUAUGUUUUUAAAAAUUACUACAGAGAGUAGGAUUUAUGCAGUGAGCAAAUGGCUCAGUACCUAAUUUAGACAAAUACAAGUGGAUUUUUGUAAUAUUUCUAUUAGUGUUUUUCAUUUCCUUCCAGUUCUUUUUAAAGGGAUAGUUCACCCAAAAAUCAAAAUUAAUAAUUUACUCACCUACAGUUGAGGUCAAAAGUUUACGUACACCUUGCAGAAUCUGCAAAAUGUUAAUUAUUUUACGAAAUUAAGAGGGAUCAUACAAAAUGCAUGUUAUUUAUUUAUGUUUCACAUAAAAGACAUUUACAUUACAAGAGAAAAUAAUAAGUGAAUUUAUAAAAAUUACCACAUUCAAAAGUUUACAUACACUUGAUUCUUAAAACUGUGUUGUUACCUGAAUUAUCCACAGCUGUUUUUUUUUUUUGUUCUGUUUUGUUUACUGUUGUUCAUGAUCCCUUGUUUGUCCUGAACAGUUAAGCUGCCUGCUGUUCUUCAGAAAAAUCUUUCAGGUCCCAUAAAUUCUUUGGGUUUUCAGCAUUUUUGUGUAUUUGAACUCUUUCCAGCAGUGACUGUAUGAUUUUGAGAUCCAUCUUUUCACACUGAGGACAACCGAGGGACUCGUAUGCAACUAUUACAGAAGUUUCAAAUGCCAGGGGGUGAAAACUAUUGAACAGAAUGAAGAUAUGUCUUCUGAGGAACAUGUAAGUAUCUUCUGUAACUUCCAAAGGGCAGUACUAAAUGAAAACAAUAUGAUAUUUAAACAAUAUGAUACAGUUGUCCUCAGUGUGAAAAGAUGGAUCUUAAAAUCAUACAGUCAUUGUUAGACAGGGUUCAAAUACACAAAUGUUGAAAAACCAAAGAAAUUGUGUGACCUGAAGGAUUUUUCUGAAGAACAGCGGGCAAUUUAACUGUUUAGGACAAACAAGGGACUCAUGAACAACUAUCACUAAACAAAAAAACACAGCUGUGGAUCAGUCAGGUAACAACACAGUAUUAAGAAUAAAAAAUAACAUGCAUUUUGUAUGAUUCCUCUUAUUUUGGUAAAAUAAUUAAGAUUUUGCAGAUUCUGAAAGGUGUAUGCAAAAGUUGGAACCCACAGACUUGCAUUAUACCAUUAAAGCAUUAGAAACUUUUUUUAUAAUAUUGUUUUGUGCAUUACAGAAGAAAGUCAUUAUUUUUGAGUGAACUUUCCCUUAUAGUAACAGUAAGCUAAAUUGAGAUAUUAAAAUUCAGAGCGGUCGAGUGCAGAUUAUGCUGCAGGUGUUUUGCAUGUCUCUCUAUUUGACUGUGUUAAGACAUCCAGCAGUUUAGAGGAGAUGCAUUAAAAUCCUCUUUCUCCAGAAACACUCUCAGUGUGGCUUUAUUUAAUGGAAUGACUGAACUUCCUUGCUUUGUCCACUUGUCUGAAUUCAUUGCAGUUUUAGCUAUUUAAAUAUCUUUAUGGGCAUGAUAACAUGGCCUAAGUCAAUCCAAAAUGUAUUUUCCGAUUGCAAGAAAUUGUCAGUAUUAACCUAGGUAGGUGAUAUGUUGUCUGUCAUUGAACUAGUACUCUUAUUAUCUUAGUAUAUUUUGUUAGUGUGUUCAGUUUCACAAGGAAGUGCUGUAAAGCCAGUCAUAUUGCUCACUGCUCAGAAACCCUAGUGCCUUGCAUCCUUAUUUUUCAGGGCAACUUUAUCCUCCAGCUAGGCACAAGACACCACUUUCUGUGGACUGUUUUGAUGGUGGAAUAUUGUCACACAUCCAUAAUGUUUAUUUGCAAAAACCCGUUGGUUAUGUAAUUGAAGGCUUUUCUUUUCACAUUUUUUCUUACAUAUGAUGCGUAUCUACAGAUUUGUUUAAUGUGCUAUAUGUGGAAUUUAUUACCGGUAACAUAUUUUAAUGGUGACAAAUUUAUCUGAAACGAUUUACCUGUGCACCCGUAUAAAUAAAACAAACAGUUGUGCAUAUAUUCAGUUGUGAUCAGUUGUGCAUAUGGUAAAAUGUACCAUAACUGAAUGAUAAGCUGUUUUAUUUUACAGUGCACUGAGCUGAAGUGGAUAUCACAGAUGGCUGGAUGAUGUUUGAGGGUUUCCUGCAAGGAAAUGCAUUAUGAAUGAAGCUUAUACACCUUACCUGUGCUGAGCUUUCUAAACUCACACAUGUACUGUAUCUGUAAUCUAUGGAUCCUCGUCUGCAAUGUUCUUGCCAUUUUUCUGUUCUUAUUAUUACCGUAAAUAAAAAUAAAAGUAUAAAUUAAA